AUGUCGCUCCUUGAAAGUCAUCUAGAGCAGAUCUCACUGUCUUCUAAUGCCAUUGCGGAGCUACCGUUUCCCCAACCGCGGAUCUUCACCAAUGCGCUGCUAGGCCCCCACGAUAUCACUUCCUUGAUUCGAGAUACGGAGGCUCAUGAACGGGCUCUCUUUCAAUCCGAUCCCUCCGUCAAAUCCGUCGGCUCACAGCGACGUCCCACCCGACGCGGCACGCAGUUUGCGCAGGAUCCAGAGGGCGAGUCCAUGGCAAGUCGGAUUUAUUCCGCUAGAGAUAACAAGAGUCAAUCAGCUGUCGCAAGGGUUCUGGGUGCUGAUAUGAUGGAGGAGAUCAAGCGAUCCGCUGGCACGUCGAGUAGGGGUCGUGGUGAAGUCAAUGUCGACGUUCUACUCCAGGGCGCAGAGAUUCUCUGCAAUGUCUAUCCUGUCGCUGGUGCACAUGAGAAAAUAGCCAGUCUACGUUAUCGUCACGAGUUGAUUUCAGGUUCGAUUAAUGAACUGGAGGCACGUGCGGCUAGAAACACCGCAGAGUUGGAAAAGAUGAGCCACUCCUACGGAGAUGACUUUGAUGAAUAUGAUGGCAUCGAUUCCACACCGCCCGAGGUGGCUGAUGUUACGGAUGCAGACCUUGAGCGAGAGAUGGCGGAGAUCCGCGAGCUGGAGAGAAAGAAACGCACAUUGGAGGCCCGUGUUCACGGCAUGGAACGAGACCUGGCCCGACAAAACAUCCCAGCUUCGGUGGAUGCUGUGCGGCUUCUCCCCGCCUUAGCUUCUUUGCCAUUAUCGCUAGAUAUGCUGCAGCUUCUGACCCGGGCAAGUCCGGCCACGAAGACUCAUCACGACUGCAUGCUUGCGCUUAUAUCGUCUUUGGCUUUCACCAAGGAUCCUUUGGGCGCAUCAUCUCAUUGCGACUCAUACAGGCAUAACGCGGCUAUCCUGAGCAAUGGAUUUGAAAUUAUCCUUAUUUGA